CGUUUUGGUUUGUGUCGCAAUUAACGUUCUUAAUGUCAAACCGCUGUGCAUAAUGAAAUCGUGAUGAACCCGCUGGUACCUCUAGGAUAUUGAAAUCAUUGAUCAAGAGCCUGUCUUUGUGGAUUUUAUACCUCAAAAUACUGUGAUACAGGCGAAAACCCAACGCUGCCUCCUCGUUUUUAGCUCGCCUUACAUGCUCCAGCUUACCAUACGGAGCAUCCACACGGAUGCUAAGCUUCUAAAACAGCGCUGCUCCAAACUGGUGGACAGGAUUAUCAGGGUGAAUCAGGCCGGCGAGCUGGGAGCGAACCAAAUCUAUCGCGGUCAGCUGGUGAUUCUCGGUCACACCAAGGCGGGUAAAACGAUCCGGCACAUGUGGGAACAGGAGCGGGCGCACAAGGCCGCCUUCGAUCGGCUCGUCAACGAGUACCGCGUCCGACCGUCGGCCCUGCAGCCGGUCUGGCGGGUGGCUGGCUUUGGCCUCGGUCUCGGUACCGCACUGCUGGGCGAAAGGGCGGCAAUGGCGUGCACGGUAGCGGUCGAGUCGGUAAUUAUCGAGCACUACAACGAUCAGCUGCGCACGCUGAUGUGCGAUGAGCCGCCCCGCUGCACCGAUAAGGUGCUGCUGGAAACGAUCCGGCGCAUACGGGACGAGGAGCAGGAGCAUCACGAUACCGGGCUGCAGCACGGUGCAGAGCAGGCCCCAUUUUACCGUACCCUCACGAGCCUCAUCAAAUCGGGAUGCCGCACGGCGAUCAAGAUUGCGGAGAAGGUGUAAAAGCGCGCGCGCCGUGGAAGCUCAAUGGAGGCUCAUAAAGUGUACGCGGUAAUGUAACACUUCAA